UAAGAGGCUAUUAAAGGCUAACGACCCUGAACCCUGAAACCACCGGUGACACUGAACUUGUCCCGGUGGCAAGUCGGUCAACAGAAUGUCCAGCAUGGCACGUUUUCGCAAGCUGAGUCGCCAAAGUGAGGAGCUCGAAAUUGAACCGGAGGCGAGUGCAUCUUUGUUAAAAUCCUCCCCGAAUAUAUUGGAGAACUUUGCCUACGACGAGUUCCAGUCGCCGCAUCAUCCGCUCCUCAAGCGCAUGGCCACCUCACCCAGCGCCGCCCAUUCCGGCAGCUCAUCCUCGUCCUCCGCAUCCACCAAGUCGCGAAGGGAGCCCAAGUUCUGUGACACUUUGGAGCGGCAUGCCUUCAUGCGGAAUGUGAUCAACCGGCAGCCGGAAAGCGUUCGCCGCUACUCGAGUCCCGGCGAAAAGGAGGCCCAGGUGCGCCGAAGUCUGGAGGAGAUCACCAAGGAUCUGAAGGAGAUCGAACAGUUUGUCAGCGCCACCGAGGAGCUGCUGCUGAAGGAGAAGGAGCAGGAGCAGGUGCUGUCCGCCAACAAAGAGAACAAGUGUCCGAGUCCGGUGAAGAGGGUCACCUACAAGAUAAAUGCCUACAAGGCUCCACCGCGACGCCAUCGACCUGGUAGCCCGCGGUUCUAUCACUCCAGGUUGUACUUUAGGAAUGGUAAAAUCGGUUGCGUGGACUCCACGGAGCAUCAGAACAAUGUGGGCGCCACCCAUGCUCUGGUCAAGCACAUACUGCAUCACGAGAAGCCUCUGGUGAGUCCAGAUAGUGUGAGGAGGGUGCUCGAACAGGAGAGCUUCGAAAUGGUUCCACUACCAGGUGCCAUUCCCGAAAUUGUGCCCGAUCCCAUUGCCAUUCAGCGGGCCGAGGAACUGGCUGCAGCCACGGGUCAGGUGGUUCUGCCAGCGGAGGAGGAGGAGGAGCCAACCGAAUCUAUUCCCAUUAUCGAUGAGGACGAGCAGGAUGUGCAGAUCUGUUACAACGAGUCGCCGGAACUGCAAAACGACGAUCGCAAUGAGCGAGCAAGGGGAACUCCUUCGAUUAAUGAGAGCGAAAUAGUGGCAGUGGAUGGCGGAGAACCGGAAACGGAAAUGAAUAUGGAGUUGGACGUGGAGCAUCGUAAGCCGAGCAGCACCGGCAGUCUGGAUUCCCAGGGUCAGCAGUUCCUCCGCGAUCAAGUGCGUCAUUUGGUGCGCCGCUUCACUGCGAGAGCUAAUAAGGUCAAGUCCCGGAUUGAACUACCACCCACUCCUUCCUCCAGCAGCACGGCGAGCUCACCAUCUCCUCCGCCAACCAAGAGUCUGCAUCCUUCUCCUCAGCACAAAGUGCGUCUGGUGCCGGCGGGUCAAUCGCCACAUCGAGGAAGACUCUUCGAGGCCGACACCCCACGCUCGAAUGUUUGGCUUUGUUCCAGCCUGUGCGGCGCCAACAACGAUGAACGCACCCUAGAUCCCCAGGGCAAGAUCUACAUCUCCUGGCUGUGCGUCGUAUCGCUAUCCUUCCUCUACAACGCCUGGGUCAUCCCGCUGCGCUCCUCGUUUCCCUUCCAGACCAAGGAGAACACCAACAUCUGGCUCGCCUGCGACUAUUGUGCCGACAUAAUAUAUCUCCUGGAUGUGGUAUUCUUCAAACACCGGGUUAUGUACCUCUUCGAGGGUUUUUGGGUGAAGAACAAGAACCUCACCAGGAAGAACUACAUGAGAAAGUUGCAAUUCAAGUUGGAUCUUCUGGCCCUUCUCCCUCUGGAUUUAUUAUACCUUCAACUGGGCACAGGUGCCGUUUGGUUGCGUUUCCCUCGGUUCUUCAAGAUUCAAAGCUUCUGGGAAGUGUUUCGCCUUUUGGAUCGGGUGAUAUCUUCACCACACUUUGUUCGUGUGGCCAAAACCUUGACCUACAUGCUGUACAUGAUCCACAUCACGGCUGCUCUCUACUAUGCCUACAGUGACUACCAGGGAUUGGGACAGAAUCGCUGGGUCUUCAGCGGCAAGGGUCAUCCGUAUGUCAGGUGUUUUGCAUUUGCCACCAAGACGGCCACUUCGAUUGGGAAGAAUCCGAAGCCGGAACGCCAGGGGGAGUACGUCUUCAUGACGGUGGCCUGGCUAAUGGGCGUGUUUGUCUUCGCUCUGCUCAUCGGCCAGAUCAGGGACAUUAUUUCGACGGCCACGCGGAAUAAGCACGAGUAUCGCCAAUUGGAGGAUGAGACGCUGGAGUACAUGCGACGUCUUAAUCUUUCCCAGGAGGUGCAGUCAAGGGUUAAGAUGUGGUUUCAGUUCACUUGGGAACAGCAGCGGACUUUGGAUGAAUCCAACAUCCUAGAUGCCUUACCCAUCAACCUGAAAACCGACAUCGCCAUCUCCGUGCACAUUCAAACCCUCUCCAAGGUGCAACUCUUUGCCGAUUGCGAAGAGGCUUUACUCAGAGAUCUGGUCUUGAAACUGAGGGCAGUAACCUUUCUACCGGGAGAUUUUGUUUGUCGCAAGGGCGAGGUUGGCAGGGAGAUGUAUAUCGUGAAACUGGGCCAAGUCCAGGUGAUGGGUGGUCCCGGUAGCGAUGUGGUGCUCGCCACUCUGACCGAAGGCUCCGUUUUCGGUGAGAUUAGUUUGCUGGGCAUCAAUGGAGCUGAUCGCAGGACAGCGGAUGUGCGAUCCAAGGGCUAUUCCAACCUGUUUGUGCUCUCCAAAUCGGAUUUAAACGAGGUCAUUGCAUACUAUCCCACGGCACAGGCGAUCCUCAAGAAGCGCGCCCGUCAACUGAUGAGGAAAAAUGCUGCCAGGGAGCGAGAAGAGGAGCGCGAGCGAGCACGCAGUGCCCUCCAAGCGGAUGUGGUGAUUGGUAACCCAAAGACACCCGAGUCGGCACCGAAACUCCUGCAGACCGUCAUCCAGGCGCUGCCAUUUGAGUCCCCAGCCGUGGUGCUCAUCACCAGAGGUUCCAAGCGGAUGCGUCGCAAACGGCAGUCGCUGCAGAUGGAAACCAUUGUGGAGCCCAAAAUGGAGAUCACAGGCGCCGCCGAGACGUCGCAGGAUCAAAAGGGCUUGAAGCCUGGACGUUGCUCGCCAGAUCUGCUUUCCUCCAUUCAGCAAGAGCUGAAGUCCAAGCACAAGUUCAUCAACCUAACGGAUUCCGAGAAGGCGCUGAUCAGCCAAUCGGCCAACAAUUCGCUGGAGGACAUGAAGGUGGUGGAUCUCUAAGAUUUCAUAGCCAAUUCCCUAGUAUUUGUCUAAUUAUUGUAACAAAAUAUUCUGCGAUAUAAACUCUGUGUGCAUA